CGCAAAUAGUCAGCAGUCUGCUGAAAGAGGUAGCAAGGUAGGUGGUCGUCUUCGUUCUCGCCAUUCCCCGUCCAACGCAAACACAAUAAAUGAUAAAACAAGAUUGAGCUGAGUUUCCCCGUCUACUCAAUCGGUUGGUUGGCUCAGGGCCUCGAAGUUCAGUUGUAGGCUGUCUGCGGUGCGGUACGGGUCGUCAUCUCGUCAAAGUCGAAGAGCUAAGCGCUGUAGUUGCGAAGAUGCGGUUGUUCGUGUUGCUGGGUUUGGUGGCCCUGGUGCUGGUGGGAACGGCACGUGGUCAGGGCAAUUUGUACGAGCUAUCGAUAGUGCACAUUAACGACUUUCACGCGCGCUUCGAGGAGGUCAACGCGGCCAGUGUGUCCUGCAAUCGGGAAGGUGGCGACACUUGCGUGGGAGGAUACGCCAGGACGAUGACGGUGCUGAAGAAGCUGCUGGCGGAACGGAACAAUCCGUUGUACUUCAACGCCGGGGAUAACUUCCAGGGCACUUUGUGGUACAACAUCCACCGAUGGAACGCCACCGUUGAGUUUUUAAACAUGCUUCCAGCGGACGCUAUGACCAUUGGAAAUCAUGAGUUUGAUCAUGGAGUUGAGGGUGUGGUUCCAUUUUUGAACAACAUCAACUCCCCAGUGCUUCUUGCAAACGUAGACAACAGCGAGGAACCCGAGUUCAACAAGUUUCAAAAAUCCAUGAUGAUUGAACGCAACGGCAGAAAGAUUGGCAUCAUCGGGGUCAUCCUGAAAACCACCGACAACAUCGCCAAUACUGGCAAGCUAAAAUUCUCCGACGAAUCGGAAACCGUCAAAGCCGAAGCAGAGCUUCUGAAGCAACAGGGUGCCAACAUCAUCAUAGUCCUGUCGCACUGUGGCCUCGACGUGGAUGAGAUUAUCGCCGCCAACGCUGGACCAGACAUCGACAUCAUCGUUGGAGGUCACUCGCAUACCUUCCUGUACACCGGGGAUCACCCCGACAUCCCUGGAACAUCCCAAGGGGAAUACCCCAUGGUGGUCACGCAACAGGGUGGCCACAAGGUGUUGAUUGUGCAGGCCGCAGCGUACACCAAGUUUGUCGGAGAUAUUGUACUGUUCUUCGACGAGGCUGGCAUCAUCCAGCGCUGGAGCGGUAAUCCGUACUAUUUGGGAGCUGACGUAGUGCCGGAUCCGGAAGUGGUGCAGGCGCUGAUCCCGUGGAAGGUGGCCGUCGACGAGCAGGGAAAUCGCCGGGUUGGAUCGGCCGCCGUUGAUUUGCUCAAGUCCAGCUGCAACUACGCCGAGUGCAACCUGGGCAGCUUCAUUGCGGAUUCGAUGGCCGCGGCGUUCGUUCCGCUGGCCGAACCCGGCCACUGGACGUACGCGGCAAUUGCGGUGGUGGCCGUCGGGGGCAUCCGGGUUAGCAUGUUUCGGGGAGACCUCAACUUUAAGAGUUUAAUCGAAGUUAUUCCGUUUGAAAAUUCGUUGGUUUGUGUCGAGUUGCGCGGGGAUCACCUGCUUGGAGUGAUGGAGUACGCGGUGGAAAAGUCCUGGGACGAAGAUCGGUUCAACGGUGCCAACAUGCUUCAAGUGUCCGGACUGCGGGUCGAGUACAACGUGACCAAGCCCAUCGGAGAACGCGUUCUGGCCCUGGAAGUGCUCUGCGCCGACUGCAUGGUACCCCGCUACGAACAGCUGCAACCGUUGAAGUACUACCGAGUGGUUACGAAUUCUUUUAUCGCUGGAGGAGGUGAUGGAUUUUCGAUUUUCCCGCAACAUGGUCGCAACAAGCGGAUUGGACCGGUUGACAUUCAAGCAUUUGAAGAUUACGCCAAGAUUCGUUCGCCGAUUGUGCAGGGUAUCGACGGACGGAUUAAGGUGCACACUUAAAUUGGAUUAGUGGAGAGUGAGGAGAAUGUAAUCUGAUUGUACUUAGUAAUACGUUGUUGGAAUUGUUUAGGGGUUAAGGAGUUGAUAAGAUAAAUCCUAUGUUUUUACGUUAUUGAAGAGAAAAUAAAAAAGAACUUUAUUUUUGCUGAAAACAUAAAAA